UUGGUGCGGAUUGACCAUAACUUUCUUUUUAACCCACGAAAUCAUCGGAUGGAAAUGAAAACCGAAGAACUGUUAAAGAAUUUAUCUAUCUACACGUGAAGUGUGUUAAUGUUAUUGUCGAGAAUACCGGAAGAUGCGAAAGUUCUCGCUGUGUUCACUAGUGACGUUAUCGUGGGGUGUUCUGGUGAUUUUAUGGGAUGAUGGUUGCGAUGGACGAUCUGCGAUGCCUUACGUGCCCGAUUCUAUUCAUCCCCCGUUGCCUGACAAUUUCGAAAUGAUUAACGUAACGUCAGAACUGACCGAUGCGGAAAUCGAUCCAGAAAUGAGUCCGGGACUGUUCCAGGGCGACAUGGCCCUAAACAACGACCUGUACAACUACUGGCGGAUCGGGAUCAAGUGGGACGCCUUUCCAGAGAAAUUAUGGGACAAUGGGGUGGUACCAUACACAAUCAGCCCUCUAUAUGAACCGUCCGACCGAGUGACCAUUUUAAAAGCGAUCAAGACGAUUAGUUUUAUGACCUGCGUGAGAUUCGUGCCAUGGGACAAUAAGAGCAAAGACUAUUUAGUUAUUUGGCCUAUAAAGUAUCCCAAGGGCUGUUGGUCGUUUGUUGGUCGUUUCGGAGGUGCCCAAAUAGUCAGCCUAGAACCUCCAGACAAAAACAACCAAAACUGUUUAGGAACAGAAGGUAGAGCUAUCCACGAACUAAUGCACGCUUUAGGAGUAUUCCACGAACAGUCCAGAUGGGACAGGGACAAGUACGUGAAAAUACACGAGGAAAACAUCAUACCAAUGUUCAAAUCGAACUUCGAGAAACAAAGUCUGGAAAACACCACGUACAGCUUCGAGUACGAUUAUGACUCGAUAAUGCAUUACGGGAGGAAUUUCUUUAGUAAGAGCAAAAGUAGACCGACCAUCACGACGAAAAUGGGCCAUCCGAGGAAAAUCGGACAACGGAAAGCGAUGUCCAAGGGAGACUGUUUGAAGCUGAACGAUCUGUACAAGUGUCUGGAUAGGCCCAAUAUGAAAAGGAAAUAUUAUAAUUUGUGUAAUUUUAUGGGGAUUUAAUAAAGUUAUUUAAAAAACAGAAAUGUGCUAAGUAAUUUAAAAGUUAAGGAGGGAUUUGUGAGG